UAAGAUACUUUGUGUUGUGCGGACAAUCAUAUUUACAAUGCACGUUUGUCGCGCUGUGUUUUAUGGUUAAUGCUCCGCACAAUAAAAUAGGUUAUGGUUUUCUAAUACUCGUUCUGUGUCUUGAUAGCUAGCUUGCUGGCUAAUGCUAGCUGCUUAUGUUAGCUGUUGGUGCGUUGUGGCUUAAUGUCAGUAGUAGUACUACUGCCGUGUAAACUAUUCAGGUUAUCGGCGGAGAUUACGUUGCCAUAUAUUGUUUAUGCCCGUAGUUUUUGUCCCCUGCCGUUCUAACAUUUAGGGAAACCCAAGUGUGAUGGCAACAAAAUAGAAGCUCUCUGGAGAGGUCACUUAUACGAAAUCCGAUCUGAUUUCCCCUUUAGCGUUCCAACAACAGCAUCAACCUGAGAUAUCGCUAGAUACCGUUAUUUUGUCAGUCAUGGACGAGAGUGCAGAAAAAGUGGAGCCUGACGAUAUUGUUAUUAUUGUCGAAAAUGAAGCCGAAAGCAUGCCAGUUCAAGAGGAAAGCGAAAAGGCUCAAAGUACCCACAGUUUAAUGGACUGUUGUCCCAUUUGCAAGUUGAAUUUUCAUAGCAGAGAGCCCAAGCUGCUACCCUGUCUCCACUCUUUCUGUAAGAAAUGCUUGCCACCGCCGUCAAGGAACUUCUUAUAUACGAGCCAAAUGAUGGCCAACCAUCAACUUCAGGAAGAUCCAUCAAAACCUCUCAACGUGAUUCGUUGUCCAGUUUGCCAUCAGGAAUGCAUGGAAGUGGAAGUUUUAGAGAACUUCUUUGUGAAAGACUCAAUGGAAGUGCCAAGCAGCACAGUGGAGAAGACGAGUCAGUUGUGUAUGAGUUGUGAGGACAACACAGAGGCCACAGGCUAUUGUGUGGAAUGUGUGGAGUUUCUCUGUGUCACUUGCAUUGAAGCUCAUCAGCGGGUGAAGUUUACUCGAGACCACACCAUUCGACAGAAAGAAGAAAUGUCACCAGAAGGAGUGGGAGUGUCCACCCAGAAGCCUGUUUUCUGUGAUGUCCACAAACAGGAGCCUUUGAAACUUUUCUGUGAAACAUGCGAUCGUCUGACGUGUCGGGACUGUCAGUUAUCCAAACACAAGGAUCACAAUUACCAGUUUCUAGACGAUGCUUAUAGAAAUCACCGGGAGCACCUGGAGAACAUGACUCGCCAGCUCCAGGAUAAGAGAAAAGCCAUCGAGGAAGUGUCCAACGCAAUCAAUAAUGGUCUCCAUCAGGUGGAUGAGAACCGAAAGGCUGUCACCACUGAGAUCAAGAAGUCCAUUUGCAAUCUGAUUAUGGAGAUUAAUAGAAAAGGGAAAAUACUGGUGAAUCAACUUGAGGCUCUCACCAAGGACCAUGAGUCGGCACUCAAGAAACAGCAGGAGGAUGUCACCUCCCUCUCUAAACACCUGGAUCAUGUGAUCUCCUUCACCAAGUGGGCAACAGCCAUCAACAGUGGCACUGCUCUCCUCUAUUGCAAGAGACUGAUUCUAUGUCAAAUCCAGUACCUCAUGCGGGCGAAGUGCAGUGCCUCAUAUGUUCCCCAGAGCACAGUGCGGUUCCAGUGUCGCUCAAGCUUCUGGGCCUCAAAUGUUGAUCUAGGCUCUCUGGUCAUGGAGAAAAUUCCAGGACAUCAACCAGGUGGGAUGCAGAUGUUCCCUAACCAUCCCAGCCACCCCAACCAUCCCGGUCAUCCCGGCCACCCCAAUCAUCCCAGCCAUCCCAGCCACCCCAACCAUCCAGGUCCAAGGCCUGAAGGACCCGCUGGGGUCUUUCCUGGUGGGCCAGCUCAACAACGGCAGAGUACACUGGCACAGCUCCAGAUGCAGGUGGAGAAGCUAGCCCAGCACCCCAGCCGCCACCCGCCACCAAACCAUUGGUCCUGGUACCACAACAUGCGCCUGCCAGGAGUCCCCCCACCGAGGCCCAUGCAGGGGGGGUCUCCUUCCCAAGUACCUCCUAACAUGGCUCAGCAGGGCCGACGGUAUGGUGCUCCUCAACCAAACACCCGCAGUCCUACAACCAUGCUGCAGAACGCAGGAUUUCCCCCGCAAACUCUGAGAGGAAUGAUCAGCUCCCCCAGCUCCUCCAACUUCCCACCCAAACCCAUGGAUGUGCUGCAGGGUGCGUCUCGAUAUGCCCAAAAUGCGCCUCCUUCUGGUGGAGGACACCUUACCACGCAACCCUCGCUCCAUCAGAGAAAUGUCAUGGACCUUGUACACUUAAACAGAAGACCUGAGCCUCCUGGGCCCAUGUCCUUGUCCAUGCAAAGACCUGGUUUCCCCCAUACGGCCCCAUCCACCGCUACUGAUAGGAAUGCACAAUCUCAUCAGAGCUCCCCCAUGUUAACUGCAAACUCAGGCUCUGAAGGGAAGACAGGGACUGUUUCUUGGAAACGCUCAGAGCCCCAGCAGAACGGACCCUCCACCUCCUCUGCUAAGAGAAGACGAAGGUCAUCCCCUGGGCCCAUCAUUGUUAUCAAGGAUGAGCCUGAGGAUGAUGAUGAGGUUCGCUUUGUGCAGUCCAGUGUGAAGGCUAGUUUGCCAGACAGCACUGGUGUCCAGUCACAGACGCCUCGUCAGGAGUCUCCCCCAGGCGAAGAGCAGCCGACCGAGAAGCCCGACGAGAGAACCCCAGAGCCUGACGAGGACCCCAACGAGGACUGGUGUGCUGUGUGUCAGAAUGGAGGAGAACUGCUCUGUUGUGACAAGUGUCCAAAGGUCUUCCAUCUCAGCUGCCAUAUUCCUGCCCUCAAGUCUUCUCCGAGGUACCCUGAACAUCCUGGUGAAUGGUUUUGUUCAUUCUGCCGAGACCUGACUGCACCUGAAAUGGUGUAUGACACUGGAGACAGUCAGAAAACCGUAAAAGAGGAGCCAGAUUCUGAAGGACUAACUCCUGUAGAUAAAAGGAAAUGUGAGAGGUUAUUACUUCGCCUCUACUGCAAUGAGCUCAGCACUGACUUCCAAGACCCAGCCUCACCGUCGACAAUGCCUGAAUAUAAUGAGAUUAUAAAAACUCCCAUGGACCUCUCAGUUGUGAGGACCAAGCUUGACGUGAAGCAGAACCCAUCCUACAAGAGGCCCGAUGACUUUGUCGCAGACAUUAGACUGAUCUUUAAAAACUGUGCCAAGUUUCACAAGGAGGACAAUGAGAUGGCUAGUGUCGGCGUUAACCUGGAGAACUUCUUCGAGGAGCAGCUGAAGGGCCUGUAUCCUGAGCAGCCUUUUCCUGGGGUGAAGGAAGAAGGCGCUGCCUCUUCGGCCCCAGAGGAAGAAAGGCCCUCAGAUGUCUGUGAAGAACAUGGAGCACCUGUUGAAGCUGAGACUGUUGAGAGUCCAUCUCCAAAGAGUCCAUCACCACCUAGCCUCCCCAGUGACGAGGUGUCCGAACCGCCCACAGAAGUCCGUCAGGAUGAGCCUCAGGAUGCUGAUGUCCAAGAAGACUCGGCCAAGGAUGCUGAGGUCCAGGAAGACUCGCUCAAAGAGGCUGAUGCCCAAGAAGACUCGGCCAAGGAUCCUGAUGUCCAAGAAGACUCGGCCAAGGCUGCUGAUGUCCAAGAAGACUCGCACAUGGAUGCUGAAGGCCAAGAAGACUCACACAUGGAUGCUGAGGUCCAGGAAGACUCGCCCAAGGAUGCUGAUGUCCAAGAAGACUCACACAUGGAUGCUGAAGGCCAAGAAGACUCACCCAAGGAUGCUGAUGCCCAAGAAGACUCACCCAAGGAGGCUGAAGGCCAAGAAGACUCGGCCAAGGAUGCUGAUGUCCAAGAAGACUCGGCCAUGGAUGCUGAUGUCCAAGAAGACUCGGCCAUGGAUGCUGAUGUCCAAGAAGACUCGGCCAAGGAUCCUGAUGUCCAGGAAGACUCACCCAAGGAUCCUGAAGGCCAAGAAGACUCGGCCAAGGAUCCUGAUGUCCAAGAAGACUCGGCCAAGGAUCCUGAUGUCCAAGAAGACUCGGCCAAGGAGGCUGAUGUCCAAGAAGACUCGGCCAAGGAGGCUGAGCUCCAGGAAGACUCGCCCAAAGAUGCUGAGGUCCAAGAAAAGUCACCCAAGGAUGCUGAUGUCCAGAAAGACUUACCCAAGGAGGCUGAAGAGACUCGGCCAAAGAGGAUGAAAAGAUGAGCGAUUCAGAGGGAUGACAUGAGGAAUUGUAAAUCUGACUUCUUUAUAUGUGAAACUGUUAGAAAUCCUUGCUGAAGCAAGGAGUCCUCCUGCAAGAUUAGCUGAGCUUGCUAGUUUAAGUUUAAUAUCCCUGGAAUAAGAAUGUAGGUACAAAAUGUAUUUCAAAAGCAAACACGCUGCACAGUGUUGUCCAAGCAAAAAAUCUCCUUUUUUUAUUUGUAGCAUGUUUUAUUUCCAUUGAACAUAUUAUGUCUUUACUGUAGUAAAGAACACACGAACAGGGUAAUUUAAAAUUGCAUUGAUGACAUCAAACCAAGUGUGGGUCUUCCCUAAUCAAAUUCCGUGAACUACAGACAUUCAGAUAUGUAGAAUUGUGUUUGAGGUUACCCUUUACAAACUACAUUUAUGUAUAUUUAUUAUUUAUCUCUGCAUUGGUUCAUUUUAGAUGAUGAUGAUGGGUGCCUAAUGUAAAAAGAAUAAUCGCAUUUACUUUAUUCAGCUGAUUGAAGCCCGACCUACUUAGAAAUGUUAUGCUUUCGAGCUGCGAGAUCACAUGAUUAAUAUGAAAAAUGGCAAAAGUCACCUUUGACAUGGGCAGUGUUGUCAACCAAGGAAUUUCGAUUUUUCAUGUACAGUAGGGGAGUACAUAAAUGUUUUUUCUUUCUUUCUUAUUUUCACUAUUUUCGAUGGUUCAAGUUGUCCAUAUUGCUCCUUGAAGAUACUGUGCAAAUCCUGGUCAAUUCAUCUUGACUGUGUUGCUUCCAGAACUAUAGUCAAGAUAUGUGCAUGUAUGGUGGAGUCAUUUGUACCCAUGGAGUGGACCGUUUUUGAUCUUAUAAACUAUUGUGGACCUUUUGGACUUGGGUGUGGACCGGCUGUGACCAUUAUGAAGUACCAUACUUCAUCAAGGUAACGUGGUUGACAUGUAAUUACAGUGAUAGCCAGCAUCCAAACCUAACCCCACAUUCAUUUGGAGUAUAUUGCUGCCGGUUUUCACUACACUUCACUACACUUGUACUGAAGUAGGAUAAAGUGAGCUUGUAUGCAGUCUAAUAUGCAUACUGCGGGGGACUUUGAUGCUGUGGGUCACUGUCCUGGUGUGUGUUGGCAUCUGUCAGAGGACGGAUGGUUCCCUUUGGCAUUGGUGGAGACAGGACUGCUAUCAUGACUGAAAUACGUGUAUCAUUUCCCCAGCCUUUGUGUAUGUAACUAUAAUCUAAAUAUUAAAUAAAACAUUUUGAUAUCCCUG